AUGGUCUCGUUGAGGCUGUCCUCAUGUGAGCCACUCGGAGCGUUGGAUGAUUGCUUUUCCUCAGAUUGCCUCUUCUCAGAUUCCAUCCACUCUAAGUCUUCUCCUAGAAAAUCAUCAUCCAACAAGUCUUCAUUAUCUCCAUUUUCCUCGUUCACUCCUUGCUCGUCAUUUUCCUCAUCUUGGAGAGCUCCAAUCAUGAUGUCAUCAUUUGACGAUUUUGGGUUUUGGUCUUCCUCCAUAAGAGAAGGAAACUGGUUCUCAUCAGGUGGUAUGAUGUGGGUGACCUCUUUGUCUGUUUGUAAGGUUAUGUUUCUUCCUGCCUCACAAAGGUGA